AUGAAGACCGAAUUCUUCUUGUUGCCCUUUCUAAGCGCAAUCGCACACUGUGUUGCUGAGAACUCGACGUUUCAAAACCCGAUUCUCAGCGGCUUCAACCCGGAUCCCGGCUGCGUCUUCGUACCAGAGUUCAAUGAUACCUUUUUUUGUGUCACAUCGAGCUUCCUGGCCUUCCCUGGCCUCCCCGUUCACGCAAGCCGCGACUUGGUUCACUGGAAGCAUGUUUCCAAUGCGUUCAGUCGGCCAGACCAAUUGCCUGGCAUGGCGUUCCUCCCAAGAGCAACCAGUGGCAUCUAUGCACCGACUCUGCGGUUCCACAGAGGCACGUUCUACUUGAUGUCGACUCUCGUCAACCAACAACUUCCUCGCGUCAAUGACUCUCGAUGGGAUAACUUCAUCAUGACCACUACAGAUCCGUACAGCUCGGAUGCAUGGUCUGAUCCGGUUCAUUUCAGUUUCCCUGGCUUCGACCCCUCGCCGUUCUGGGAUGAUGAUGGGUCUACCUGGGUUUCGGGCGCACACACUGCAGCCUACUAUCCCGGAGUGAUGCACGCACCCCUGGAUUUCAAAACGGGAGAGAUUGGCGACAUCACCAUGCCAUGGAACGGAACUGGGGGAGCCUCGCCCGAAGCGCCUCAUCUUUGGAAGCGCGGCGGGUGGUAUUAUUUGCUGCUCGCAGAAGGGGGUACUCGUGAGAAUCAUAUGGUCACCAUGGCACGCUCACGCAGUAUUCAAGGCCCCUUCGAACCGGCACCUAGAAACCCUCUUCUCACAGCGGCCAACACCAGCUCAUACUUCCAGGCCGUCGGACACGCCGAUCUUUUCCAGGACGGCGAUGGCCAAUGGUGGGCAUCUGCAUUGGCUGUGCGGGCCGGAGGGUCAUAUGGCAAAGAUCCUGGCCCAUACUUUGGCAACCUUCCGAUGGGAAGGGAGACAGUGCUCACUCCAGUGACCUGGGAAGAGGGAAAAUUUCCUAUAUUUACUCCCGUUGCUGGCACCAUGUCGGGUUGGAGACUACCUAUUGAGUCACAUGUGGAGGAUGGAGAAGGCCAGCUCAACGGCGCGGAUGACUUGGUCACGUUUGCUCCUGGGAGUCGCCUACCCAUUCAUUUCGUGCAUUUGCGGUUGCCGAAAAGGAAAAGCUACCGGAUAUCGCCACCACACCACUCUAAUUGCCUGGCAUUGAAGUCUUCUGUGCUCAAUCUCACGGCCUUCGAUGCAGACUCCUCCCUGGGUCGAGGUCAAACGUUUGUUGGCCGGCGGAUGGCACAUUCCAUGUUCCGAUACAGCGUAGACAUAGACUGGGCCAAAUCCUUGAAGAAAGAGGAAAUGGAAGUUGGUGUCUCGGUAUUCCAAGACCAAGCGCAGCAUUUCGACCUGGGCAUCGUGAUGCUCAAGGCAGAGGGAAAAGAGUCCUUGCAACCACAUCUGCGCUUUCGUGGACACUCAGAGACUCCGUACCGAGGCAGGACGGCUAUCCCAGUGAGCUCAGUGGCCAUGCCAAGUGAAUGGAUGGGAAAAAAGCUUCGACUCGAGAUUGAGGCAGUCAAUAGCACACAUUUCGAGUUUAGGGCGGGUCCGGUUGGCUCAACAGACCGACAGUCGGGAAUGCGCGUAUUUGGUCAUUGUCGGGGGACUGAUGUGGUGCCGUACUAUUCCGGCGUCAUCGUUGGCGUGUACGCGACAACAAACGGAAAGCAUGGUGAGCAAGCAUUCGAGACAUAUAUUUCCAGGUGGAAGUAUGAAGGGCUUCGCCAGUUGAGGAGCCAGGACGACGUGGACCAGGUGGACAAGGGGGGCGAGACUGAUGACAGCGCGACUCCAUAA